CAAAAAAGGGAAAAAUAAAAACGAAAAAUAUACAUAAUAGAUUCCUGCACUGAAUAAUUUCGCCAUAGUCAAAUUGAUUCACGAAGCUCUGUUCUCCCAUUUUCCAUUCGAUUCUAACACUACUAUCUCCGUACGAGCAGCCGACUCUGAAUCAGUGAAGAAGAUAACUGCAAUUGAUUGAUGGUAAUGGCAGCAGUAAGAGCUCCAAUGGCAGGGAUAACUUCCUCUACGGUUACCCCCUCUACACCGUCGUGCAAUAGAGGGGUUAUUAUUGUCAAAGCGCAUCCCUUCCGACCUUCCUUUUUUGGCCAUGGAGUUGGCGCUCCAAAAUAUACAGGGAUACGGUUAUCUUAUUCCACUAGGUCACGAUGCAAUAGUCAUGGAGGUGGCGCUCUUGGUACUCAAAUGAACCUGUUUGAUCGAUUUGCUAGAGUUGUUAAGUCGUAUGCAAAUGCUCUGAUCAGCACCUUUGAGGACCCAGAGAAAAUAUUGGAACAGACUGUUAUUGAAAUGAACGACGAUUUAAUCAAGAUGCGUCAAGCUACAGCUCAAGUUUUGGCUUCUCAGAAGCAGUUGGAGAACAAAUACAAAUCUGCACAACAAGCUUCUGAAGAUUGGUAUCGUAGAGCGCAACUUGCUCUUGGAAAGGGCGAGGAGGACCUUGCUCGUGAAGCUCUUAAGCGUAGAAAAUCUUAUGCUGAUAAUGCAAGUGCUUUGAAAAAUCAGCUUGAUCAGCAGAAAAGUGUUGUUGAUAACCUUGUCUCCAAUACAAGGUUGUUGGAAAGCAAAAUACAAGAAGCUAGGUCUAAAAAAGAUACCCUGAAAGCACGAGCACAAUCUGCUAAGACUGCGACAAAAGUGAGUGAGAUGUUGGGUAAUGUGAAUACAAGCAGUGCUCUGUCUGCUUUUGAGAAGAUGGAAGAAAAAGUUUUGGCGAUGGAAUCUCAGGCGGAUGCGAUUAAUCAACUGAGCAGUGAUGAACUUGAAGGAAAGUUUGCUUUACUAGAGACUUCUUCAGUUGAUGAUGAUCUUGCCGACUUGAAGAAACAACUCUCCGCGAAACACCUAAGGUACUUUCGUGUAUAUAUAUUC